AUGAUAACUACCAUCCUCUCAUCUAUUAUUCACCCACUAAUCCUGAUUGUUUUUGUCCUAUUAGCCGUGGCCCUCCUCACCCUGGUUGAACGAAAAGUGCUCGGCUACAUACAAUUGCGAAAAGGCCCGAACGUAGUAGGACCUUACGGCCUUCUCCAACCCAUUGCUGACGGACUAAAGCUUUUCAUAAAAGAGCCCGUUCGCCCUUCCACCUCCUCCCCCAUCCUAUUCCUGCUAGCCCCUAUAAUAGCACUGACCCUCGCCCUUACCCUUUGAACCCCCAUCCCCCUCCCAUUCCCGAUAGCGGACCUCAACUUGGGCCUCCUAUUCAUCCUAGCUGUCUCAAGCCUCGCUGUCUACUCAAUCCUGGGGUCCGGAUGGGCCUCCAACUCUAAAUAUGCGCUCAUUGGCGCUCUCCGAGCAGUUGCACAAACGAUUUCCUAUGAAGUGAGCUUAGGCUUAAUCUUACUUAAUGCAAUUAUUUUUACUGGGGGUUUUACGCUGCAGACAUUCAACACCGCUCAAGAGGCCACCUGACUGAUCCUCCCAGCCUGGCCUUUAGCAGCCAUGUGAUUUAUUUCAACCUUGGCGGAAACCAACCGAGCCCCCUUCGAUCUCACAGAAGGAGAAUCAGAACUAGUCUCAGGUUUCAACGUCGAAUAUGCAGGAGGCCCCUUUGCGCUAUUUUUCCUGGCAGAAUACGCCAACAUUCUCUUUAUAAACACACUCUCAGCGACCCUCUUUUUGGGGACAACCCUAUUAAUUUCUAUGCCCUACAUUACUACAAUUAUCCUCAUGAUAAAAGCCACCUUUUUAGCCGUUCUUUUCUUGUGGGUCCGAGCGUCCUACCCCCGAUUUCGAUACGACCAGCUCAUACACCUGAUCUGGAAAAACUUCCUGCCUCUCACACUAGCCCUUGUUAUUUGACACCUAGCCCUCCCCAUUGCUACCGCAGGACUACCACCCCAGUACUAG